AUGUUUAUAUCUGUCAUAUGUUUAUUGAUUAUUAUUGAACUCCAAGUCAUUAUUGCUCGUCCUUCGUUUAAUUCGAUCAUGCACUUAACUGCAGGCAAAUUAAAAACUAUUGACUCUGUUACUGGUCUUCCAGCACAUUCAAACCUCUUUCGACAAACGAUAGAUGUAACUAACAGUGAUGCUAUACGUCGAAGCAGUUUGCCCACUAAUGUUCGUCAAAUCAAACUCAACUCUGACGCUAAAUUAGACCCAACAGCAUGUAUUGUUCUUGAUCCUAUCGAAUCUUUGGAAUGUGUUCAGUGCUUAUUUGAAAGUCAGCAACUGCUUGUACUUACAUUUGACUCGCGUGCUCAUGCUCAUCUCAUCUAUAAUAAAUGGAUUGUAUCCGGCGCCAAAUUUGUUAAUGGUGGUACAGAGUGGGGUUGCCGCAAUGUAACAACGCGAGAACCGAUAGUGAUCUUUCAACGAAUAUCAAAAUUUCGACUCCAAAAAAAACAAAUUUUUAUCGACACUUUCAAUGAUACUAAUAUAAGUCCACUCCUUUGCUUUGCCAAUAUUUCAAUGCACUUAACAUGGGAACAGGGUAGUAUAAAACCACGAGCAUCAAUGCCACUUAAACAACAAACAGAAGUUGCAGCGGCAAACUUGAAAUCUAUUUUUAGUUCAUGGAGUUUCGAUUCACAAAAGCCUCGUGCUGAUGAAAUAUUUUAUCCCGGACAAACCAUUGAUGUGAGUUGGUCGUAUUCGAAUAUUGACAGAACAACUAGUCUAGAAAUAGUACUUUACCGAAAACGACUUCUAUUAGAUGCAGAAAUAAGUAAAUUGAGUGUGAAAAUCAAUGCUAUGCAAUCGUCUUUCGUCAUCCCUGCUAUUUUGGAAACAUCAUCGAACGAUCAAUAUUACUUUCAAUAUCGCUUUUCCCGUUCACUGAUACCCUGUCGAAAAACAAGUGCUAUCUUUUAUAUACCAACGCUGCCGUCUAUCAUUCCAGGAACACCGCCCACUGUCAACGAUGUGUUUUAUCCAAGUGAUACAGUGCCACUAUCAUGGCAGAGUGUGAAUUUUGCAGCGACAUCACAAAUUAUUAUACGCUUUCGUCGAGCACGUUCAAUAAUAUCAGAUGUCACGUUAGAUACUUUCACAGUUUUGGCUAUGGCCAAUACGUAUAAUUACAUGAUUUCCUCUUCCUUAGAUCGAGCUGAUAACGAUAAGUAUACUACUUCGAGUUUGACUGUAAACUGUACAUCAUGGUUAUCCUUCAAUUGUAAAAAGACCACAAAUAAGUUCUUUGUGCCAAUUCGACCUUAUUUACGUCCAACAUUUCCUGAUGUUGAUGACUGGUUUUCACCAUUACAAUCGGUGACACUGAAGUGGACUAGUGCUAACUUUGCUAGUGUCGAUGAUCUACUUACAAUCAAACUUUGUCGUUAUAAUUUUUUGCUACCUGAUAGUGACAUCGACACAUUCACAUGCACAGUGGGUUCAAGUGGUUCGUGUUUGCGGACUUUGCCAGCUGUUGAAAAGACCCUUUCUGGCUAUUAUUUUGAGUUUAACUGGUGUAAACAUUGGUAUUCAACAGAAUGUAAAGUAAAAAGUAACCGAUUUUCCAUUCCAACACACGUUAUUGGGUCAUGGAAUUAUGACGAAAAACGAGGUCAAGCGCUGGCAUCGAAAACACUCUAUUUGACCUCAUGUACAAGUUUGUGUCCAACACGUGACACGGAAUUGGCCUAUAUCUGUCAGAUGUGUGCUAAAGGACGACCCAUGGGCAUACAGGUAAAUUGCACAAACUGUUGGGCUACAUAUGAUUACAGCAUUGUUCAAAUGGAUAUCGUACGCAACGACAAUUCGCCCUCGCUAGAUAAAAUAACAGUACGCAUGAGUUCACGUGUUUCAGUUAAUCUUGAUGUUGCUAUUAGGGCUGAUUAUCGACGCAGUUUUCAUGGUUGGUUGCCUCUACCACCCAUUCCCAUCGGUCCAAUCAUUCCAAUUGUCAUUGGUUCGGUUCAAUUCGGAGUAGGAUUGUCUUUUUCUCCCUCAAUAUCAUGGAAUAUCACAGUGGACACAGUCGGAAAUCUGGCCGCUGGUAUGGAUUAUCAAUGGCAAGCAAACUUAACACUGGUUAGUAUUCCUGGCAAUACAACCAAAGAGUAUAAACAAAGUUUAACACGUAAUAUUCAUCCAAUGCAGGGAAACUUUCAAGCGAAUCUUCUAGUUGAUCUUGCCUAUAGGCCAGAACUGGAACUGACGGUUGGCAUUUUCACAGUUGGAUUAGGCACUGAUGGCUAUAUCAUAUUUGAGAGUGCAUGGCGCUAUCCACCAUUUUCUGCUCUUUCAACACCGAUUUUUGAUUGGAAUGUGCAAAAGAUUGCUCCUAUUCAUGUUUCUUUUCCAUCGAACUCAUGUCUUGCGGCUCAUUUCAUUCGAUAUCAUACAAUGUACGGUAUUCGUAAUACUCGGAUCUCCAUCGGAUUCCAUCAAAUUAGCAAUCUCGUCAAGUUUUUCACUGAUUUUGAAUUGUCAUUGUCGACAAGGUCCUUUCUCGAUCUUGGGCCGUAUGAAUUAUCUUCAGGCUGUAUGUACCCAGCGUAUCUAAUAAAUGCAGACAAUCCACAAACAAUAUACUUAGUUCUCAAUAGACAAUUCAAUGUGAUAAAUGACACAUCAAAUGAAUAUUUGCCAAGGAUAGUUGUUACUGAUUUAGCUUAUGCCCUUAACAUAUCACCAACACGCAUUUACUAUAACAGCACGUUCAGUGUGCAACAAGAUCAGAAGACAGGAGUGAUGGUCGUAUUUUUACCAUCGGUUUCUCUCUCCAUUGGUGAUCCCACCGUGGUGACAAUAGUACAGCAAUUUCAACAACAAGCAAUGAAUUCAAGAUCACUUCUCUAUUCUGGUUUCGUUACAAAUUUACUCAAUCUUCAAGAAACAUCCAGUAUCAAUCAUUUCGGCUAA